GGAACGCGCGCCUUCGGGGAUUGCUGCGGAGGUCCUCCCUGUUCCCACAGCCCGCGCGGAGGAAAAGCGCGUGCCCCUCCCGCUGUAACUCUCCUGGGCGUCCUGCAGGUCGGGGGAGGAAAGGAUGCCGGCCACACAGAAGCCGGUGAGAUACGGACAUACAGAAGGACACACGGAUGUCUGUUUUGAUGAUUCCGGGAGUUGUAUUGUGACUUGUGGAAGUGACGGUGAUGUGAGGAUUUGGGAAGACUUAGAUGAUGACGAUCCUAAAUCCAUCAAUGUUGGAGAAAAGGCAUACUCAUGUGCUUUGAAGAAUGGAAAGUUGGUCACUGCAGUUUCCAACAACACUGUUCAAGUCCACACAUUUCCUGAAGGAGUUCCAGAUGGCAUAUUGACUCGCUUCACUACAAAUGCAAACCAUGUGAUCUUUAAUGGAGAUGGUACUAAAAUUGCUGCUGGAUCAAGUGAUUUUCUUGUCAAAAUUGUGGAUGUGGUGGAUUGUAGCCAACAGAAAACAUUUCGAGGACAUGAUGCCCCUGUUUUAAGUCUUUCUUUUGAUCCUAAGGACAUCUUUCUGGCAUCAGCUAGCUGUGAUGGAUCUGUCAGAGUGUGGCACAUCCCCGAUCAGACAUGUGCUAUUAGUUGGCCACUACUACAAAAAUGCAACGAUGUGGUAAAUGCAAAAUCCAUCUGCAGACUUGCUUGGCAGCCAAAAAGUGGAAAGUUACUCGCAAUUCCUGUGGAAAAAUCUGUAAAAUUAUAUAGAAGAGAAACAUGGAGUAAUCAAUUCGAUCUUUCAGAUAGUUUCAUCUCUCAGAGCCUCAAUGUAGUAACCUGGUCUCCCUGUGGUCAGUACUUAGCUGCAGGUAGCAUUAAUGGUUUAAUUAUAGUUUGGAAUGUGGAAACCAAAGUGUGCAUGGAAAGGGUGAAACAUGAGAAAGGUUAUACAAUUUGUGGCCUGGCCUGGCAUCCUACUUGUGAUCAGAUAUCUUACACUGAUGCUGAGGGAAAUCUUGGGCUCCUGGAAAAUGUCUGUGACUCCAGUGGAAAGACUUCAAGAAGUAAGGUAUCUAGCAGAGUGGAAAAGGAUUACAAUGAUCUUUUUGAUGGAGAUGAUAUAAGUAAUCCUGGAGACUUUCUACAUGACAGUGCAGUGGAGAUUCCCUCUUUUUCAAAAGGGGUUCUGGAUGAUGAUAAUGAUGAUGACCUCACACUUGCUUCCAGUCGUUCUAGACAUCGAAGUCACAUCCUAGAAGAUGAUGAAAACUCAGUUGAUGUUACAAUGCUAAAAACCGGUCUUCUCAAGGAGGAAGAGGAAGAUGAUCAGGCAGGCAGUAGUCACAAUCUACCACUUGUAACAUCCCAAAGGCCAUUUUAUGAUGGGCCCAUGCCAACUCCUCGACAAAAGCCCUUCCAGUCAGGUUCUACACCCCUACAUCUUACUCACAGAUUCAUGGUAUGGAAUUCUAUUGGAAUUAUUCGUUGUUAUAAUGAUGAGCAAGACAAUGCCAUAGACGUAGAGUUCCAUGAUACCUCCAUACACCAUGCAACACACCUAUCAAACAGUUUGAAUUAUACAGUAGCAGAUCUUUCCCAUGAAGCUAUUUUGUUGGCGAGUGAAAGCACUGAUGAACUAGCAAGCAAGCUUCACUGCCUACACUUCAGCUCUUGGGAUUCAAGCAAAGAGUGGAUGGUAGAUAUGCCUCAGCAUGAGGAUAUUGAAGCCAUUUGUCUUGGUCAGGGAUGGGCUGCCGCCGCCACUAGUGCCUUGCUUCUUCGAUUGUUUUCUAUUGGAGGUGUUCAGAAAGAGAUCUUCAGCCUUCCUGGGCCUGUGGUAUCAAUGGCAGGACAUGGAGAACAGCUUUUAAUUGUUUUUCAUAGAGGAACAGGAUUUGAUGGAGAUCAGUGCCUUGGAAUUCAGCUGCUGGAGCUGGGGAAAAUGAAAAAACAAAUUUUGCUUGGAGACCCUCUUCCUCUUACAAGGAAAUCCUACCUGGCAUGGGUGGGAUUCUCUGCUGAAGGUACUCCCUGUUAUGUGGAUUCUGAAGGUUGUGUUCGAAUGCUAAACAGAGCGUUUGGUAAUACAUGGACUCCUGUAUGUAAUACACGAGAACACUGCAAGGGAAAAUCUGAUCACUAUUGGGUGGUCGGUAUCCAUGAACAUCCCCAGCAACUGAGGUGCAUUCCUUGUAAAGGGUCUCGAUUUCCUCCUACCCUUCCACGCCCUGCUGUCGCCAUAUUAUCAUUUAAACUUCCAUACUGUCAGAUUGCAACAGAAAAAGGACAAAUGGAGGAACAAUUUUGGCGUUCAGUUAUAUUCCACAAUCAUCUUGAUUACUUAGCUAAAAAUGGAUAUGAAUAUGAAGAGAGCAUUAAAAAUCAAGCAAUAAGAGAACAACAGGAACUUUUAAUGAAAAUGCUUGCGCUUUCUUGUAAACUGGAGAGAGAAUUUCGUUGUGUGGAACUUGCUGAAUUAAUGACUCAACAUGCUGUGAAUUUAGCUGUUAAAUAUGCUUCUCGCUCUCGGAAAUUAAUAUUGGCCCAAAAACUUAGUGAACUAGCUGUAGAAAAGGCAGCUGAACUAGCAGCAACCCAAGCAGAGGAGGAGGAGGUGGAGGAAGAAGAUUUCAGAAAGAAGCUGAGCGCUGGUUACAGUAAUGCUGCUACAGAGUGGGACCAGCCACGGCUCAGAAACCAAACUGAAGAAGAUACUGAGAGCAGAAAAGAGACUGAUGAUACACAGAAAACACCAGAACUCCAUGAGCAUGGACAGAACUCUGGAAGUACAGAUACAUUUGAUGUACCAGCUAUUAAGUCAGGUGCCGUUACCUCUAGCAACCAAGGACGAAUAAACCCAUUCAAGGUAUCAGCCAGUUCCAAAGAACCAGCUAUGUCAGUGAAUUCAACACGGUCAACUAACAUUUUAGAUACUAUGAACAAAUCAUCUAAAAAAUCCACUGCAUUUAAUCGAGCAACAAAUAACGAAAAGUCUCCAGUUAUAAAGCCUCUGAUUCCAAAGCCAAAGUCUAAGCAGGCAUCUGCAGCAUCUUUUUUCCAGAAAAGACCUUGUCAGGUCGAUAAGACUGAGGAAGUGAAGGAAGAAAACCCUAAAAAUGCCUCAUCUGAAGCCCCAGUGUUGUGUCCUCAAAAUGUUGAAAACCAAAGGCCAAAGACUGGGUUUCAGAUGUGGCUGGAAGAAAACAGAAGCAAUAUUUUGUCUGAUAAUCCUGACUUUUCAGAGGAAGCAGACAUAAUCAAAGAAGGAAUGAUUCGAUUUAGAGCAUUGUCAACUGAAGAAAGGAAGGCAUGGACUAACAAAGCCAAGGGAGAGACUGCGAUAGAUGGGGUUGAAGCAAAGAAGCGAAAACAUGUGGUUGAUGAAAGUCAUGAAACAGAAAGCCAUGAAGAAGCAGCAAAGGAGAAUCUGAACAUGCCUAAAAAGCAGAAACGUUUAGAUGUUUCCACUAAUCAGAAACUGUCAGCUUUUGCAUUUAAACAGGAGUAAAGGGGGAGAGUAGCCUUAGUGGUAAUAGAUUGUGGGCUCAUCUUUGAUGAAUCUGGUCUUUCUUUUAAUGUUUAGGAAAUGCAUUAUUACAUACUUGUUUAUCAAGUGUUAAAAGACAGCUGUUUGCCUUUUUAAGAUAUUGUGGUAAGAUGAAGUGUAUAGCUCUGGUAGAACACUUCCCUAGCAUGCAUGAGAUGCUAGGAGUGAUCUCUAUCACCACUGAAACAAGACAAUAAUGGAUAAAGUAGUCAUUAUAUUGGUGAUAGAAGUGAAAGUGUGAAACUCUUGUCUUUGAAAAUUACAAAUUAUUUUACCCAUAAUACAGUAGAAGCAUUGCAGUUACUGAAUAGAGGCCAUUAUUCACCAGGAAUUGAGUUUGAUUUUUUUUUUUUUAACCUUCAAAAUCAAGAUAUGAACACCCCUGAACAGGUAGAACCUUCUAGGGACUUCCUCACCAUAUUCAUGUCACCAACUAGAAAGUGCCACAGUGUUCUCUUCCGAGUGUGCUACCGUGGACUGUCCGUUCUAUACCUUUGCAACCGUGUCUUAUGGUAUGGACCUAAACAUGUAAAUACUCUUGUAGAUAAGACAUUUUUGUCGUGUAUGGUUUGGGAGUUGUUUUAUAGUAUCUGUAUCUCUUGGGUUUUGUUUAGAUAAAUAAAACCUCUUUGUUUCCAAA